GCUUCCGCCCGGAAGGCCCCCCCAGGCAGCCUGCGGCAUGGUGUCCAUCACGGAGUGGCAGAAGAUCGGCGUGGGCACCGCGGGCUUCGGCGUCUUCUUCAUCCUCCUGGGAAUACUCCUAUACUUUGACUCGGUGCUCCUGGCCUUUGGAAACCUGCUGUUCCUGACCGGCCUCUCCUUCAUCAUCGGCCUGAGGAAGACAUGCUCCUUCUUCUUCCAGAGGCACAAGCUCAAGGGCACCAGCUUCUUCCUGGGGGGGGUGUUCAUUGUGCUCCUGCGCUGGCCCCUCCUGGGCAUGUUCCUGGAAGCCUACGGAUUCUUUACCCUCUUCAAGGGCUUUUUCCCUGUGGCCUUUGGCUUCCUGGGCAACGCUUUCGACAUCCCCUUCCUGAGUGUGCUGUUCCACAGGCUCCAGGGCAGCAGCUCAAUGGUCUGA